AUGGCGGCUCUGUGUAGUCCGCAGCGGAAGGGCGCGCUGGAGAGCGAUGGCGAUGGCGCCGCUGGUAUCACCUUCUCCAAGUUCAAGUAUAGGUUCCAGAAUUUGCUCACGGAGGUCCGGGCGCUCAAAUCCAAGGAAUGCUCAGCUCGAAUGGAGGCGGAGCUUUCGGUUCAGAAGCUGAGAUCAAAGGAGGCCGAUCAAGACAAAGAAAAGGCAUCGCUGCAGGCCCAAAUCAUGGAAGCUACCGAAGCUCGGCAGAAGCUGGAAAACGCCAUUAAGAUUAUGGAGCUUGAAAUGUCUGCCAUGGAGAAAAAUGUGGCAAGCUCGAAGAUGCAAUUGAAGGCUGUACUAGAUUCCAGAAACACAGUGGUGGAGGAACUUAAGAUAGCCAAUUACGAGCUGGAACAGAAGCUAAAGAGUACUUCCAGCCAUUUAUCGGUAGCCAUGGAAAAGCUAAGCAGGAACACGAUGCUGUUUGAGGCUGUAGAACAAGAAGCCUCGUCUGUGAAGAGAACCUUAGAUGAAACCCGUCAAAUCGUGGCUUCCAGAGCAGAUAUGGUUGCCGAGCUUCAGCAACAGGUGGCAUGGCUGGUCGAUAUCGAGCAAAAGCUCCUUGAUAAAGCACGAUUACUGGAGUGCGAGCUACGAAACAAAAACGUUUCAUGCUCUAAAAAGGAAAAGGAAAUCAUCGCGUUAAGACAUAUGCUCGAUACAAGAAACGACUCGAGCAUCCAAGCGAAGCUAACCAUAAUAUCCGCAUGUACUGGUUAUCCAGAUCAAAUAUCCUUGACGAACGAACAUCCAGAAAUCGUCGGAAGCGAAAGACCGCACUAUCUCGGUCCUUACAAUGGAUAAACAGGGUUUAAUUGGCGAGAUAGAAAGCCUGAAGGCUGUUGUGAAAAGAUUUCAAGAAGCUGCGGCUGAGCAAGAUUCGUCUUCAAAAAUAUUACGUGAGAAAGUUCUCGAUUACCAACACUUGCUCAGAGAGAAAAGUAAAAUGGGCACUUGCCAAGCUCACAAGAACUUAGACAGGGAGAUCUGGAUCUUGAAGAGAAUCACGAGGCACAACUUCAAGAC